AUGGCUCUCCAGCUAUCCAACCUUUUCAACGUCCAGGGCAAAGUCAUCGUCAUCACGGGCGGAGGCUCAGGACUAGGAAAAGCCAUCGCGGAGGGAUUCGCCAGCAACGGGGCUAAGGUGUACAUCACAGGACGACGCGCUGAUGUUCUCGAGAAAACUGCCGCAGAGUUGAACGAGAGAUGUUCCAUUGGAGGAGAGGUUAUUAGUAUUCAAGGUGAUGUAGGGAGUAAAGAUGGCUGUGCUCGACUUGUUGGGGUGAUUGGGGAGAGAGAGGGCCAUAUUGAUGUGUUGGUGAACAAUGCGGGUCUUCCUGGGAAGAUUGACUAUCCAGGGUGGAAUCCGGAUGAUGCUGAUGCUGUUGAGAAGGGGUUAUGGGAGAGUGUUGAUGAUGAUUCGUUUACUUCCACCAACAACGUCAAUAUCAGUGGCAUCUACUUCACCACUGCCGGUUUCGUGCCUUUAUUGCGAAAGUCCUCAGAUCCAAGUGUGAUUGUGAUUUCGUCUCUUGCUGGUCUUGUCAAUCAAAGGGCCAUGGGAACCAUCACAUAUGCCGUGUCCAAAGUAUCCCUCCAUUUGGCAAAACUCCUCGCUGGUCGAUUUCAUCCAAUGAAAAUCCGCGUCAACUGCAUCCUCCCCGGCAUCUUUCCCAGCGAAAUGACCGCUAUCGACAGCACAAGCAACACUGACACUCUUAAUGGGUUUGCUGUUCGCGCUGCCAGAAGGUGUACUGCUGGCCGUGCUGGAUCGCCCGAGGAAAUCGUCGGACCGUGUCUGAUGCUCAGUUCCAAGGCGGGUGGAUACAUGAAUGGGGGGUAUUUGUUGAUUGAUGGGGGAAGAGCUAUGGGAGCGUCGAUUAAUGAUGGGCUGAGAAUGGAGGAGGAUACAUAUGUUAACUGAUAGUCAACUUGUCAUCUAUAUCAGACAGAUAGCUACUCUCUCGCCCUCUUCAACUCAUUUAACAUGCCACUCUUGACAACUCCCACAUCUGUAGCCACAGACACCAUAUCGAAGCCCUGCUGCACUCGCUUCCUGGCAUCUUCUCCAUCAGUGC